UGCAUGUGAGCUAAGAAAAGCAGACGACAAGAUAUGAAACUGUGCUCUUCCUCCUGAAUUCGUUUUUCUUUAGUUAUUUAUUUAACUGAAAGCUGUAUUGUUUGAUCUAAGUAAUUUUUAGUGAAACAACUGUGAACGUGAAAGGGUAAUAGAAAUCAAUUAAAGAUGGAGGAUUAUGCCAGACGAAAUCUGAAGGAUUUCUUAUCGAUGUACAACCAGUUUACGGAGGUCUGUUUCAACCACUGUGUGCAGAACUUCAACUACAGACACAUGAUACCCGAGGAGACAUCAUGUGCAAACAGAUGCGCCGAGAAACUAAUCAAUGUCAACCACCGACUCAUAUCUGUCUACAUGGAGAUCAAUCCAUUACAUAAACAAGCAGCGGCCCUAGAAGCAUCCCAGGCCAUAGAAGCAGCCCAGACCGCCGAGGCAGCUACUCAAGACACAACAGCCCCACCAGACACCCCCUCGCUCAACCUCGCCGGGCAGGUGGAAGCUGUGUUUGGGUCAGACACCAUUGUAACCGAUAGUUCACCCCCAGUGCUUGAUAUUGCAAACGAUGUCAUGAAUCCCGUGGACAGUAACCUACAAGGUGUGAAUACAAAUCAAGGGACCAGUCUCGAGAACAGUGGCCUGAACAUUAGUAGUGACAGUACAGAGCAAAGUGCAAUGUCAUAGCACAUGGACAUUUGUGGGGGUUUUCAAAAGGAGAUGCUGCUUGGUUAAAGCAUACAUCUGGGCACAAUUUCAUAGAGCUGCUUUUAAAGAUAGUGGACACUAUUGGUAAUUGUAAGAGACCAGUCUUCUCA